GCGAUUAACACCCAACAGGAAAGCAAAAAAAAAAAGAAGCAAAUUUUGAAAAAAAUUCACACGCGGAAUUUAAAAUAUAAAUAAACCAAAAAGUCAAUAAAAAAAAGUGACAACAACCACACAACACCUACAUGGUUUAAUAAACAAAUUACGAUAAAAUAGCAACAAUAAACAUAAACAAUUAAAAAAAGAAUAAAAUAAAGAAAUAACACAGAGUGAAAAAUUGUUUGCUGGGCAAUAAAAUAACAAAAAUCGAAAGAAGAAAACAACGCACAACGGAAACGCGGGUCUCCAUAAGUGACGUAUUUGAAAAUACCAAAAAAAAAAAAAAAAAAAAAAUUAAAAAAAUAAUUUAAAUUGUGGAAACACUUUUUAAGGAAUUAAAUAUUUUAAUUAAUUAGAACACCUGAAACAAAAGAUACAAAAAUAAAUUGAUUGCGAAAUUCUGGUGGCAAUCAUGAAAACCUCCUACAACUUGUCAUCAAAUGCAGAGAAGAAGAAGCCGCCGGCACCGAUAACGCACAUCACAGAGGCUCCCAAUGUCGACGAUCACAUUAAAAAGGAAAUACCCACCAGCUAUUUUCAGUCUAUUAUACAUCUGUUUAAGGGCAACAUUGGACCAGGUCUCUUUGCCAUGGGUUUUGCCUUUAUGCAUGGCGGUCUGGUGCUGGCUCCCAUACUCACCGUGCUCAUUGCCUUGAUUUCCAUACACUGUCAACAUAUGUUGAUCAAUUCCUCAGUGAAAAUGAAGGAGUUGCGGAAUUCCGAAAAAUAUCCCGAUUUUGCGGAGACAAUUGAACAGUGUUUUGAAACGGGGCCGAAGGCAACACAAAAGCUGGCUAGGACCAUGAAGGGUUUGGUGAAUCUCUUUAUAUGUGUUACCCAGCUGGGGUUCUGUUGCAUCUACUUUGUGUUUAUCAGUACAAAUAUUAAACAGAUAUUGCUGGCCUAUGAAAUCAACUUGGAUGUCCACUAUGUUAUGCUGAUCACCUUUAUUCCGAUUUGGUUAAGUUCCAUGAUAACAAAUCUCAAGUACCUGACCCCGGUGUCAUUUAUUGCCAACAUUUGCAUGAUCUGUGGCCUUUCGAUAACCAUGUAUUAUGGCCUUAAGGACGGUCUGCCAGAUGUGGCUGAGAGAAAGCUGUUCACAAGCCCCAUGGAAUUGGCGCUGUAUUUUGGUACCGCCAUCUUUGCUUUUGAAGGAAUUGCCUUGGUGUUGCCGCUGAAAAAUGCCAUGGCCAAUCCAAAUAAUUUUGAUCGCCCCAUGGGCGUGCUGAAUGUCGGCAUGUUUUUCGUCACCCUAAUGUUCAUGGCUGCCGGUAUGGUUGGUUAUAUUAAAUGGGGUGAUGAUGUGGCCGGUAGUUUAACACUCAAUCUUGGAGAUACCAUUGGCGCCCAAAUUGUCAAAGUCAUGGUCUCAAUGGGUGUGCUCUUUGGUUAUCCUUUACAAUUCCAUAUUGCCAUACAAAUUAUGUUACCAUCUGUGAUAGAGACAUUCAAAUGUUACGAACAUACCUUGGCAGCUAAUUUGACUUUCCGCAGUGUUAUGGUUAUUGUGACGUUGGGCAUUGCUGAAUUGGUACCGAAUUUGGGUCUCUUCAUAUCUCUAAUUGGCUCGUUAUGCUCCACAGCCUUGGCCUUGGUAUUCCCACCCAUCAUUGAAUUGAUUGUCAAACGUGACAUUUCCAGUAUUUGUGCCCGCUAUUCCAUGUAUUUGAAAAAUGCCAUCAUUUUGAUAUUGGCCAUGGCUGGCUUUGUGGCCGGCACCUAUGAAAGUUUAUCGGAAAUCAUCAAAGAAUUCAGCAGCAAAGAACCCGAAAUGCCAACAACACCAGCCGAGUGGACAUAGGGUGGCAGAGUGUGUCAACGCCCAGCAUGGACAUGCAUCGUGAUUUUUCAAGCAACACUUAAAUAAUUUAUGUAUAUUUUUUUUUUUCGUUUCUAUUCAUUCUUAGUGCCUAAGCUUAAACAAAUUAGUUAUUAAUUAUAUGAUUAAUAAUAAUAAUAAUGAUAAUAAAACAAAAAAAAAAGAAUUUACCUCAAAUAAUUAGCUAUAAAAUUACAUUUAAAUAUAUGUAUAUGAAAUGAAAUACAUACGUAUAUAUUUUUAUAAUAUAUUGCAAAUGUAUUUAUAUUUUGUAGAGAGAAGAAAAAAAAAACGAAUAAAAAUAAAAAGAGAGAUAUAAAAAUUGAA